UCGGCUUCAAGGGCCUCCCUCUCCUCCCAAGUUACUAUGGGGCAAAAGAGGAAGGAAGCGAAGCAUUGGGAGGCGGGAAAUUAUGAGAUUGAAUACAUAGUGCGCGCCAGCUAUGUUAUUAAGCACAGAUGCUGGAUCUACAGAGUCAAGUGGGCUGGAGAAGAAUGGAAGGACCCGAUGUGGGACGAGUGGAAGACCUUAGAUGAACUCACCGGAUGCGAAGAACUCCUGCGUCGAUUUUGGCGAGAAAUCGGGGUCGACCUGCUGCACCACCCCUAUAUUCAAGGGACCAGGAUGUUCAAACACAGGAUUAUGGGCAACCGACACGAGGUGGCGCCCAGUGCAAAGUGGAUUAAGGAGGAGAAGGCGCGCUUUCACAAAUCGCAUGAAUCAUCGGGCGCAACCAUCACAAUUGCCGUGAGGAAGUCAUCGAAUGCUAAACGAAAGCGGAACGUGGGAACGGGUAAUGCGACCCAUGCAGCCAUUGAGAGUAGCGCAAGCGAUAGCGACGACGAACCCCGGACUCCCAAGCGUCGGGCACUCAACAAGAGAAUUUCCACGAAGAGGAUGCGCCCGACCUCGAGGCGCGUUAUAGCGUCGCCGUCGAGCUCAACAUGCUCCGACUCGUCCUCGAACAGUGACUCGGAAUCAGCAGCCUCAGAAGACGGGCAUCAAUCUGAGUACGAGGUAGUGACGAUCCCUCUUCCUGCGGGUGGCAGAGACACGCCCACUCCAGCUUUCCCUGCCAUGGGUUUCGACGAUGACGACCUAUCGGACGGGACAGACUCAGCGACCGAGUUGGGUAGCGCCUUUACCCCGGACGACACCGAGCCAGAAUCGAGCGACGUAAUUUCAGAGCUCUCGUCUGUAACGGAGAGCGACACGGAAGACGAGAGGGUUCCGGAGCGAAGUGUCACGCCUCGGCAGCGAUCUUCGUUGUUCACGCCCGCCCCUGGUGAGGAUACCAUCAGCCCUCCUCGCACGCCCAGUCCCGUCGAACGGCUCUCGGCCCUCCCACAAGCACCAGCGACUGUGGCGCACGGGCCUAUUCAGAUGCUGCCGGUGAAGGGCACGUACUCGAGUCUCAACUCCACGCGGAACAAGGUCGCACAGCAGUACGGUCUGUCCAUUACGCCUUACCGCCCUCGAGACGAAUCGUCGCCAGAGCCUCCGGCCAUGGAUCCUGCUGCUCCAGAAGAUGGAUCGGCUCCAUUGAACGCCGAUGUGGACUCAGACGAAGAAAACGAUAUCUCGGACAUGCUAGUGCAAGUCACGAACGUUGGGCUAUACGACAAGCCGGAUGCUCGGGAUGAGCCGCGAGAUGUCUACCUGGAUUUCGCUGCUGCUGAGUGGGCGUCAGCACCAACUUCCUGGCCUCGGACGCCACGCAAGGAACCGAACUGCACCGCACAGAGGCAGCCCGUCCCAAGCACGCCGACCACUAGUAAUUCUGCUUGGACUCAGAGUCCGUCUGCUGCCGCUUGGGAUCCAUGGGGGCAAAAUUCCGCUACUAUAGGAUGGGGCUCCAUGUCUUCGGCUCGACCGCAAACGCCGCAGAGGGUUCCUGACCUCAGUGCGCAGUCCCAAGGCGUUGCGAUUACGCCGUCCACAGUUCCUAUGUCACAAGAUUCGCAGCUUUGGCACUCGCAGUUCCACGGGGACCUCAAGACUCUUCCGAGUCUAUCCCCUCUAGAUGCCAUGUCCGCGCUCUCCCUUUCGGACGGUAACGAUGACAUGAGUCUGGACUACGAACUCGCCUACCCGGACGACUCCCCCGGAACUCCAGAUGGCAAUCGUCAGAACUCAGACGACGCACCCGAGGCUCCGGCUGCGGCAGCAGACCCCCUCGACGAAUUUUUGCGUUUCCCUGCGGAAACGGCGGCGACUCAUGAAAGUUCUGACCAGACACCCGUGCCCGCGCUCUCGCCUGCGGCAUUUGGCGACGCGAAUGUAAUCGAAGGCCAGCCGACGCAAGUUCAACAUCAAGAAUCGGAUGCGAGCGAUGAGCGUACCAUGACAGCCGACGAGAACCGCUCCGAUAGGCCUUUACCAGUAGUGGACGCAGACGAUGCGAACUCAGCCACAAUCGACGACGACGCCUCGGCUGUCGCUAUCGAGGGAUUUAUCGACGUCGGAUCGCGAGUCGCUAUCCACGAAUCGCGUGUACCUGUGGACGAAUCGUCUAGUACCCCUCCUUCGGCCUUUAGCGCGAUGGAAGUCGAUGCGGAGGCUGAUAAUAGACACCAUUCCUCUGUUCUUGCCGUAUCUGGUCCUGUGGCGGCGUCUGCUCCGCACAAUCCGAAGACGAGUACCAGACAAUGGCGCGGUCCCAUCAGUGUUAAGGUCGGGAGACGCACCAUCAAUCUUGCCGACGUCGUCUGCACCGUCGCCGCCCCGAGCCCUGGCUCGAAGCUCGACCUCGCCGACCAGCUUAUUGCGCACCGAACAUGCCUCCGAUUUGCUACCUUCCACUCCUCGGACGAAAUAAUCAAACUCUGCGAGAUAUCCGGUCCAACGGCUCAACGAGCCACGAUCUCGGCGGCCGCCAAGGAGGAUGAGGAGGGUGUCGACAUCCUGGUCGAGUUCUUGCGCACGACGCAAAGGGGCGCCGUGCUACCGUACGUCGGAAAGAAGGGCGAUUGGCAGGGCAAUAUCAUCGUGCAUGCGACGAGUCGAAAGGAAGUCGGCACGGCUUUUGGGGCUCCCUCGGAUGAUUACAAGCAAGGUCCCUUGAAAGUCAAGAUCUUCCCCUUGGGAGGUGUACUUGCUGGGACGCCCAUGGUCCUCUCGGCGAAGGGAAGCUCGGACGAUGACGAGGCAACCGCCGCUGCAUGCCUCGACGAGCAUUCUUUCCUCCUAUUCGCUGCCAAGUCCUGCGGUUUCAAAGACGACCUUUUGAACCUACUCCGUAACGCGGGCCACGGACUACGGUACCACUUGGUCGACGCCCCGGCGUCGUUAGAGUCUGCUCCCUCUUUGUCUGCCAGCCUCGUUCGUUUUGUGCUCGAGUACUUCGGCGCGACAGAAACUCGAGCUCAGGCCGCUCGCAUCGUCUUUGUACCUCGCCAUGGUUCGUCGCAGCCAUGGCACCUGCCGGUGGGCCUCCCUGCGCUGCUGAGGAAUCCCGAGUUGCAUGUGUACGCGUACGAGGCGUCGGCUGGACCCUCCAAGGGCCCCCGCACACAAGAAAUUUUUGUCGCCCGAGGCAUCUUGACUACCACACCACACGCCCUUGUUUCUGACUUGUUCCUCGCCACGUCGCGGCUGGAGCAGGGUGCGGCACACCCAAUGUGGUCGUCGUAUAUCUUGCCUUCGAUCCUCGGCAUGGCGCUUACGAUGUACUACGAAGGGAAGGACCCGAUGGAGGUCUACAAAGCGAAUCCCAGGGCCUUCGAGUUCAGGUUCCUCUUAAUGUCCAUUAUUACAAGAAGAUGUCACCUGGCUGUGCCACCGUCGUCUAAGACAAACGCACCUCAAAGGUUCAUAGGCCCUCAAACCGCUGAAGACCUCAUUCAACUCGCUCUGGACGAAUUUCGGUCUCACUUCGACGACAUUCCGAGGGAACUUUGGGAAUCCAGGGCCAAGGCGCUUCUCGUCCAGGAUAUUGAUACCUGGAGGAUGGACCCGGAACAUGUGCUGAUCAGGCAUUGCUGUGUCCUGGUACAUCCCAGGGACCCUGCGCUGUCCGACGACAUCGAGACGAAGAUCGACUGGAUGGUACCCUCUCGGGAGAUCGUUUGCGAUGGAUUCUUUGACGACGAGGACUUGAUCUAGCGUACCUCAUAAACCGAUUUCUUGGGCAUAGCUGUUUUGUGUAUCGUACUUUGUACUUGUAGGUCCACGCCACACGCCACAUAUCUUGCAUGUGAUUUUCGCG